AUGGACGGCGUCGCUGAUUUGGACACAGGCUGGACUCCUGACCAGACGGGUUAUUUAAAGUCCCUCAUUCUGAACAGGACUUUUGUGGCCAGGCUUGAGAGGCAUGACAUCACCAAAGACGUGUACUCCAUCAACCUGUACGGAGAAAAUGCUGUUUGCAUAAACCAUGCUUACUCAGAGAUGAUGGGUCUUCAUCAGAAGGGGGCUCCUGUGCCCUUCUCUGAUCUCAUGUCCCUUCAGGAGGAACAGUCUUUGCAACAUCCGACGAACGUGAGGGAAUCACAAGGCUACAGAUCUGAGUUCCCCUACAGCAAUGACUCGCUCAACGAAGGCUCGGAAGUGGAUGUUGACAUAUCCUGUGUUGAGAGUUCGGACAAAUUCUGGUGUCAGAUGACCAAAAAUACUGAGUCUCUCAAGCGUCUCAUGGCAGAACUUCAAGACUUCUAUGCUUCGCCACACCCUCGACCAAUUGUUGAAUCCGUCUGUGUUGCCCGAAAUCCAGAAAACGGCAAGUGGUACCGAGCAAAGAUCAUGACUAAUAAUCACAACCCUGCUGUCGAGGUCCGGUUUAUUGACUACGGUAAAACUCAAAGGGUCCCGGUCCAAGAUAUCCGCCCUCUUGACCCAGCGUUCCUGAGGCUCAAUGCGCAAGCCUUCCAGUGCAGCUUGGCACCGAAAAAUGAUGCCUCUUUUGUUAGUCUGAGCCACUUUCAGAAGUUUGUGGACACUGCUGUCGCCACAAAGGAACAGUUGAAGUGCAUCGUAAAAGCUAAACGGUGCGAUGAGGAAGGUUUGUCAGUGAAUGUGGUGGAUAUUACAACACUCUUCGGAAGUGCCUCUAAACUCUUCGACCAGGAAUGUUCACAAGCAGCGGCUCAUGUCACUUCAGAUAAAUAUACCAUCUCUGAACAUGGUGUUGCAGUCGGCGGAAGUGAGAAGGUGUUGGUUACAUGUGUGGAGACUGUGAAUCAUUUUUACUGCCAGCUGGACAGGAACUCCAAACAUCUUGAGAGGGUGAGACAAACCAUAAAGAAGCUGAUCAGACAGCCACAGGAGUCAGGAGGACAGCCUGGGGCCAACAUUGUUUGCCUUGCUAGAUACACUGAUAACGUCUGGUACCGUGGUCAAGUUGUUGAGACAUCCCCAAAACUGAAGGUGCACCUUGUCGACUACGGAGACACUCUUCAAGUAAAGAGAUCAGAUUUGCGCCUCCUGCACGCAGGUGCUUGUACUUCUGUCCCGGUUCUCGCUGUUCCUCUGGGGCUGUUCGGUGUGCCGGCUAACACGCCCCCUGAAGUCAGCCAUUGGUUCGCUAACCAAGCCAUCGGCCGGAACUUCGACAUUUCAGUGGUUGAGAAAGAUAGGUCAGGAAAGUUGAUGGUGGAAUUGUUUGAGGAGUCCCUGAAUAUAAAUGAAAAUAUUCGAGAGGCAAUUGCAAAAGUGAAAGACGGCACCACACCAGCUGCCAAGCAGGUGUUGGCCACGAUGGAAGAACACCAACCAAGACAAGCGGCUCAGAGGGACGCGACAAGUCCAGGUGUGGUGAGUGUGCGGGCACCGCACUGCAUGUCUGCUCCUGAGGAUCCCAAGAUUCUUUCUCCAAAGGCAUCGACAGAGGUUACAGCUGAGGGUUCGCUGGAUGAUGUGUCGAAGAACAGAGGGCCGGUGGCGGGAAACCUUAGUUCCAGAGACCAGGAAGCCUAUGCCAUUGCCAGAACCCAGAACACAUACAAGAAUCCAGAUAUUCAGCAGAACCACAUGGAGGGGCUGAAGGCUUCCUUCGUCGUGGGACCCAACUACUUUUGGUGUCAGAUCCCCAGCGAAGAAGACCUUGCCACUCUGGUACAGGACGCAGGGACCUCAGGCGAAGCUCUUUUGAACCCUGAAACUCUUCAUCUUGGAAGUCCCUGUCUCGCUCUGAGCAACAUGACCUGGUACAGAGCACAAGUCAUCAGCCACACUGAAGAUAAAGUCCACGUCUUAUUUAUGGAUUACGGACAUGAGUCAGACGUUCCAAUGCAGAAUCUGAAGGUGCUUCCACCAUCUCUCCUGGAGUUGCCCCCACUAGCGUUUUUGUGUGCUCUCAAAGAGUUUGAUGAAAGCAAAGGGUUCUGGAAUGAAGAUGCAGCCGAUUUCUUCUGCAGUCUCCUUGUUGAUAAACCCCUGAAAAUUUCAGUUUGUAGCAUCAAUGAGCAUUCACAGAAGGCAGUCCCUCAGCAUGCAGUUGAAAUAGAGUGUGAGGGGUCAGUUGUUAACAGCCGAAUGCACCGACACUGGAACACUGUGGCCAAAAGGAUUUUGACAGAAAGCAGCCAGAAUCAAUCAUCAGAAACAGUUAUUUCUCAAGAGAACGUUGUGGAAGAGAGUAUUUCUUUGUUUAAGAAGCCAGUCCUUGAUAAAAACAUCAUAGCAUUUGCUUCUUGUAUCGCAGAGCCCAAAUUCUUCUGGUGUCAACUGGCGAAUGCAGAGAUUCUCAACCAAAUAUCAGCCCUUGCUCAAGCGGCUGGAGCCGCAGCACAUGAGGCUGUGACGCCUGAGGCUCUUCUCCCAGGGAGGCCCUGCCUGGCUCUGUUUCCCUGUGAUGGUCAGUGGUAUCGAGCCCAGGUGAUCAGCAGGGCUGAUGACAAAGUUCAUGUCGUCUUUAUUGACUAUGGAAAUGAAUCAGAGGUGGACGUGAAGGAUGUGAGGUCGCUUCCCAAACACCUGCUGGACUCCCCUCCUGCCGCCUUCUUGUGCUCCUUAAAUGGAUUUGAUGAAUCCAGUGGACUGUGGGGUGACGAGGCGAACGACCACUUCUACAACCUCCUGGUUGACAGGCCUCUUUCUGUGACGGUUUGCAGCGUGGAAGACUAUCCAGAAAUGUCUCUCCUGCAGUAUUCCGUAGCAAUAAACUGUGAGGGAUUGGAUGUCAGAGCACAGAUGAACCAACACUGGAACCCACAAGCCAAAGAACAGACGCCUGAAACACGUUCAGAAGAUGCUCCAGCAGCAAGUCCAGCUGUCUCCAAACAAGGUACCACUAACACGUACAAGGAGCCAACUGUCUCCGGUCGCAAGACUGAGGCAGCGUACGCUUCAUGCAUUGUUGAGCCCAAAUUCUUCUGGUGUCAGCCUGAGAACUCCGACCUCACCACCAUUUCUACAUUAUCACAGGAAGCUGGCAGUAAUGGGCAGGAAGUUACGAACCCUGAGACCCUUGUGCCUGGAAGUCCAUGUCUUGCUUUGUUUACCAGUGAUAACCAGUGGUAUCGAGCACAAGUGAUCAGCAGGGUGGAGAAUAAAGUUCAGGUGGUCUUCAUCGACUACGGAAAUGAGUCAGAGGUGGAGCUGCAGGAUGUGAGGGUGCUUCCCAAGAGUCUGCUGGACCUGCCCCCGCUGGCCUUCCUGUGCUCCUUGAGAGGGUUCGACGACACGAUGGGAGCGUGGAUGGACGAAGCCACCGAUGUCUUCUACAAUCUUCUGGUUGACAAGCUUUUGAAAGUGUCGAUUCACAAGAUGGAAGUGAAUCUGGAGGCUGCCGUUCCUCAGUAUCAUGUGGACCUUGAAUGUGAAGGAGAGGCGGUCGACAAAGUGAUGGAAAAAUACUGGACUAAAAACAGUGGACCAUUGUGA